AACAAAAGGGCGUUGACACGCAAUCAGAAAAGCGAACCUAGAGAGACACGUGAAGAUGCGUCUUUGACUAUCUUUUAUUAUAUCAGUGGUUGCACUGUUAAAAAUUCGUUAUAUUGGUUGACUUUUAUAUGAAUUCAUUACAAACAUGUCAAUUAAUUUAACAAAAAACAAAGAUACGUUGGUGGCCGCUUGGCACAGUGUAGUCGACGAUAAAUCGUCUACUAACUGGGCUGUAUUUGGGUAUGAAGGUCAGACAAAUAAUUUGAAAGUUGUUGGUACAGGGAAUGGUGGAUUAGAAGAAAUGAUUGAUCAUUUAAGUAGUAGUCAUAUUAUGUAUGCCUUCUGUCGUGUGAUUGAUACUAAAACAAGUCUACCAAAAUGUUUAUUAAUCAAUUGGCAAGGAGAAGGUGCACCUAUUGUUAGAAAAGGAACAUGUGCAAAUCAUAUUAGAGAUGUAGAAAAAUUAUUAAAAGGCGCACAUAUAACAAUUACUGCUCGUUCCGAAGAUGACGUCGAAGUUGACGCUAUUAUGGAGAAACUUGCAAGAGCUACUGCUUCCGCUUAUAAAUUUAAUGAACCACGUAGCGAAAACGAUGCACACGCAGGCCCUAUCGGCACGACAUAUAAACGAGUAAUACCAGAGCAAGAAAUUAAUGCAACAGAGAGAGAUCAAUUUUGGCAAAGAGAAGAAAUUGAAGAAAAGAAAAGACUGGAACAAGAAAGAAUUCGAAAUGAACAAGAACGUCAGAGAUUAGAAAAAGAAAUUAGAAUGAGAGAAGAGAAAGAGAGUCAACUGAGAGAACAACAGGUAUCUGCUAAGGAAAGUUCAAUAGCAAGACAAAAAUUAGCAGAACAACGUGCAGAAGAAGCAAAUAAUUUACGUAAUCGUAUAGCAGCUAGUCAACAAUAUAAUGAAGAUAAUGACGAUGAUCAUAAAUCUAGAAGCGAGGAAUUAAGAAGACAAAGAAGCAAAGAAGCGCAGCAAUUAAUUGCUCAAAGAACAAUUAAUGCUAGAGCUGUUUUUGAACAAAAUUCGGCUGCUGGACAAAUGAAAUCUUCUCAGGUCCAACAUUCUUUGCAGAAAGGUGGUCAUGUAGAAGCUGCUAAAAAAGCAAUUGAGGAAAGCCAACAAAAGGAACAUGUAGAUAUUAAACCUCAAGAAGCAACACCAAUAGAAGUGAAUAAGAUAAACGAUACAGAAACAUUAACGAAUUCUGCUGCAGAAGUGGUAAAUACUAUCUCAUCUCAUGAUUCAAAAAUAUCUUCACACGAACCAGAGACUGAACAAACUAAUAAGGAAGAUAUGACUGAUAAUGAAUUAUAUAAUCAGCUUGAUGGUUCUUAUUUAUAUUUUGAUCCAAAUAAUGAGGGUAUGAAAGCAAGAGCUUUGUAUGAUUACCAAGCUGCAGAUGAUACAGAGAUUACUUUUGAUCCUGGUGACAUAAUCACUCAUAUAGAUGCCAUUGAUGAAGGUUGGUGGCAAGGAUUGGGCCCUGAUGGGACAUAUGGAUUAUUUCCAGCUAAUUAUGUAGAAGUUAUUGAUUAUAAUACAACAUGAUAGAGGAUAUAUUUUGGAUAACAACAACAACAAAAAAAA